UGAGCGGCGGCGGGCGGCGGCGGCUCAGUAGUGCCGCUGCCGCCGCCGCCAGCCGUGUUUACCCUGCACGUUGAGAUGGAGGUCAUCGUGAAGGUGCUAGUAACACUGCUGGUGGUGGCAGCUGGUGCUGCUGCUGCCACCUACGACAGCAUCAACAGGGAUGUGAUCAACAAGAAGGUGGACAGGAAGCUGGACAUAUCCUCACAGCUGCUCAAAAUUACCAACAAAAUCACGCUGGAGAACGGCGGCUCAGGAGCUGUCAGGUCGUUCCUGCUGGCCUUCACUCGUCAAGAAAAGGAAAAUUUGUCUUACUUAAAUGCUCAGGUGAGAACUUUGCUGCUAGGCCAAGUUGUGUGGAAGUUAAAUUAUAUUAAUAUAGUUUUAAUGUGUGAUGACUGUACUGACAUGAUGGCAUCAGUUCUGCCUUGGUCAUUGCUCGUGGAAUUAUGGCAUUUUUCUUUCAUCACCCUUGAAGACAGUUUUGAAGUGGUCAAUCCCUCAACCUGGAGGAGCAGUGUGAAACUGAAGCAUCAGAAUGAAGACCUUUAUAUUGCCAAAGGUGAGGCACAGAAAAUGUUGAUGCCAGAAGAGGCAGAGCUCACCAGUAGAAGUGAGAAUGUUGAGGUAGAAAUCAUCAUGACCCAGUUGCUUGAACCAUACCCAGCCACCAUCCAGCAAGGAGAGAAGCAGCUAGUCCGUUAUGCUGGGAAUCAUUACGUCCUCAGCCCUUACACUACCACAACCCAGACAACUACUGUUACACUUCCAUCUCCUAACAUUGAAUCCUACUCACGCCUCAAGCCCACUACCCACACAGACACUUCAAUAACAUAUGGCCCAUAUGAUGGUGUUGCUGGAUUCUCUGAGGAUCCCAUGAAUAUUCAUUUUGAAAAUAACUCCCCGUUUUUGGCUGUAACAAAGCUUGAACGUGUUAUUGAAGUGUCCCACUGGGGCAACAUAGCUGUGGAGGAAACCAUUGAUGUUUUACAUAUUGGUGCCAAGCUGAAGGGCCCUUUUUCACGUUAUGACUACCAGCGUGAACAUAACAGCUACUCUAGUAUUAAAUCAUUUAAAACAAUUAUGCCAGCAUCUGCCAAAGAUGUGUAUUAUCGUGAUGAAAUUGGGAACAUCUCCACAUCUCACAUGCGUGUUCAAGAUGAUGCAGUGGAAUUGGAUUUGAGACCCAGAUUCCCAUUAUUUGGAGGUUGGAAGACCCAUUACAAAAUAGGCUACAAUGUUCCUUCAUAUGAGUACCUCUAUAGCUCUGGUGAUCAUUACAUUCUGAAAAUGCGCAUUCUCGACCACGUGUUCGAUGAUUUUGCUGUGGAUGAAUUGGUGGUGAAAAUUAUCCUUCCAGAGGGAGUACGCAAUAUUGUGCUCGAAACACCAUACCCAGUCGAGCGGCUGCCAGACACACUGCACUUCACGUAUCUCGACACAGUUGGCCGGCCGGUGGUUUCUGUGACAAAGCGGAAUUUGGUGGAAAGUCACAUACAAGACUUCACACUCCAUUACCAAUUUCCUUCUAUACUCAUGUUACAAGAACCUCUGCUUGUUGUUAUUGCAUUUUUCAUUCUAUUUAUUACGGUUAUUAUUUAUGUUCGUCUAGACUUGACCCUUAGUAAAGAUGAUGCAACAGAAGCCAAGAUGCGGGUGUCUUCAUAUUGUGAGCAGGUGCACACUCACCACGACAAGAGAGCUCGUCUCUAUGAGAAAUUGGAGGAAGAAUUGCAGAAGCUCAAGAGCUCUAAAGAUGUAGCUCAGUCACAGACUGCAACAAAGAAGAUUCAGGCCACCAUUCGUGAUGAAACUCAAGCCAUCGCUGACAUUGGUGCCAAGAUUCGUGCUGAUAGUGCAGAGUAUGCUGAGAAGGUAUUAGAAUUGCAGAAAUUGGACAAGAUUCUUCGUGAUAGUGUGUUGCAACAGCUGACCAAUGUGGAGAAGCUGGUUGCUGGAAAGAUGAGUAAACAGCAGUACAUGGACGCUGAUGCUCCUUUACACAAGAAGAAAGAGGAGGCCUUGGAGAAAAUAAAGUCAAUUCUUGGGAACAUCUAAUAAUCUAGUGUCUGCAUUAAGGAUUUAGUGUUAUUGUCAUUGAUGCCAUCCCAGCCUGGUAGCUGGUCACCAUUAUUAAAGAUGGCAUCAAUGUUCCUACUCAUUGCCUAAAUGUCUAAUGACAAGUUGGACAGCAUGUUAAUGCACUUCAAAUUAACUUGAAAUACUUCCUACAUUUGUAAAUCAAGUAAGGAUCUUCGCUGUGUGGAAAAGUGUGGUGAUUUGUAAAGUUUUGAAGAAUUAUUGCUGCCUAGUCCAUAUAUUUAGAAAUAGUACUGCAACUACAUUCCUUUAAAGAAUUGUGUGAUUUAUUUGACGUGCUUACUAUAGCAGUCUUAAGGACUUCAAAGGGAGUUUUGUCCACAGGAAGGGCUGUUAAUAAAAUAUAGUAAUAAUG